CUUCCGCCCGCCGUGUCUGCCCGACUUCUGGGUUCCUGCUGGGCAAGCGGGUUGGUUGUCCUGGUAACGGAGAAGCGGCGUGUCUCCUGGCUGUGUGUCUCUCCGGAGUUCACUGCUCUCUUUGUCUCUCGCAGGGCUCUCUGCAGAUCUCCUGUCUCGUUUUGUGUCGCAGUGCUGUAAAUAGGUUCUAGCUAACCUAUAAAAGGACAUGGAGCGACAUAUUCCUGUGCAUCCAUUACCUGAGGAAAUACAAAAGAUGUCCCGGAAUGAGACUGUGUGUAAAUAUUGUGGAGUCAGUUAUUUGAUCCUUCAUGAGUUUAAACUGCUGGAAGAGAAAGUAAAAGCAAUGGAAGAGAAGGUGAAAUUUUAUGAAGGAAGCGUAGAACGGGAAAAAAGGCUUCAAGAAAAACUACAGCACCUAAGUCAAGAUUUUGAACAGUGCAUAACCGCUAGUGAAUCGAAAACAGAAAGAAUAAAAGAAUUAUCUCUGGAAAUAGAAAACAAGCAAAAUGUAAUAGAAAAUAUGAAUGAAUGGUUGAAGCACAUCCAGAAAGAGAAUGACGUUUCAUAUAGACAGUCGCAACUAUUACGAAAAACAUUGGAAGAACAUCAGUUAAUCCUAAAGAAAGCCUUUGUACUUCUUCCCUUUAUCAGAGGAGAGCUGAACAGUAUUAAAGAAGAAAUAUUUGCCAGUUUCAACAAAUGGAUUGAAUUAAAAGGAAAGAUUUAUUUACAAAUACAAACUGUGAAUUUAACAGUACUUGCAGAAAUAUCCAGGCUGAGCCAAAGCUUAGGUGAAUAUGAGAGGGAAAAUCUGACCCUGCAAGAGGAGGUGCAGCUUUUAAGGUUAAUGUCAGAUGCAGUUGAACUGAAAGCUGAGCAGCUGCAAGCUUCGCUCUUGCGAGAGGGUGAAUUACAAAACAGAUGUCAUGAACUACAACAGAAAGCACAGGAUUUAACAAGUCAAGUAGAGACAAUUGAACUCAAAUUCCAGAAAGCAGGUGCGGAAAUGAGCCACUACAAAGAACUAUUCAUAAAGAAGUCAAAAGAAGUUGAAGAGCAUCAAAGUGAACUGAAAAAACUUGAAUCUGAAAUUGGAACAUCCGAAACUCGAUUUACUAGUACGCUGAAAGAACAAGAACAAUCUUUGUUCGUCUGCCAACAAGUAUGCAAACGUUUACAGGAAGAAGUGAUUGAGAAAGAGAGGAAAGAAGAAAGUCUGAAAAAAAGAACCAGCCAUUUGGAGAGUGAACUGGAAACAAUUAAGAAUCUUCUCAAGCAGCGAGAGGAAGAAGUGGUAAUGCUUAAGCAAGAAAGGGAGUCUGUGCGGAUUUCCCAUCAGAGCAGAAUAGAGCAACUGCAGGAAACAUUAAGGCAGAAGGUGCUGAAUGAAAAGAACUGGCAGGAAAAGAUUGAAGCUGAUCGAGCAAAGGAACAAGAUCGUUACAAAGAAGAGAUUCUCAGACUCAAAGAAGAAAUGAGAAUGGAACUAGAUAUCGAGAAACAAAAGCAUCAGGAAUUGAUCGCAAAAUAUCAAAAAGAUCAGAAUGAGCUGCUAUACACAAAGCUGCCUGGAUUAAUAUCGAGCGCCACUAAUAACCUAAGGAUGGAAAUGGAUGCCCUUCACAAGAAGCUCCAUGAAGCUGAGACCAAACUUACAGAAAAAGACAGUGAGAAAGAAAAGGAGCGGCAAAGCCAUAAUAAGCACAUUGCUGAAGUUGAACUCCAGCUAAAGGAGGAACAGAGCAACUGUGAUUCAGUGAGAGAAGAACUAAAAAAGAAGUCCUAUGAGCUGGAAAAACUGACUGAAGAACAAACACAGUUGAUUCAGAAUCUGAAUCAAGUUCAAGAGGAGAAUGCUCUCCUCCAGGACACAGUGCGCAGGGAGUGUGAGGAACGCUAUGAGCUCACUGAAGCUUUGACUCAAGCCAGGGAACAAGUCGUGGAGCUGAAAAGACUUGGUGGAAACUUGCCGUUGUCACCGUGUUCUCUCAGUCAGGGCAGCCUAACCUCCUCCACUCGGUUGGUCAACAAUCCCGGGCUGAAAAGCCCAAACUGUGGGAGCGGAAUAACACCCUCAGGUCUCUGUGGGAUUUCAAGAACCACUAAAGCACCAGCUGGCAGUUGGUAUAAAAGCAGAGGUGUGGGUUUGCCAGUGUUGUCUGCACCACUGCCCCCAGGUGGAAGAGCAUCUUCUUUAAAUGAAUCCAGGAAGAGGAUCGUAGCAGUUAUAAGAAGACAACUGAGUCAGCAAUGAUGCAUCAAGGACUGUACUUUCUUAUCAAGAACAGCCAGUGGAAGCCACUGGCACAAGUCAUUAGGACACCUCGAGAUGGGCUUUAGAGGACAAGGACGACCCGAUAUUACUUUCUGGCAAAUAAUGCAUUUCUAGGAAUGAACUUUCUUAUAUGCACUCAACAUUAGAUUAAGCUGAAGGGGUUUUUUAAAUACACUUCUCAAAUGUUUGUUUUAUAAUGCAAUCAUGAGUCAGCAUUUUUCUCUGUAAAUAUUAGAUCUAGUUCUCAUUAAGGUAGUAAUCCUGAGUUAGGGUAUACCACUUCAGGCUCUAGGUGGGAGCUUAUAUGAUUUGAAUGCUUAAAAAAGAAAAAAACUUGCUUCAUAGAAAGGUAGAUAUUGGGGAGAAGCAGUCCAGCCUAGCUUUCCCCCCUGUAUGUAGAAAACUAGCAUAGCAGAGAGAAAAUUAGGCUAGAACGCUGUUCCCUGACAUCCAGUUUUCAAUUUGAAGGUAAUUUUAAUGUGGAAGGGAAUAUUCAGUCAUUGGAGCUCCUUGCCUGCAGUCUGAAGUAGAACCAUCCAGACACAGCUUUACUACCUCAAUGAAAACUAGGCCUUAAAUGCAACGUGCAUAUCUGAGGUAAAUUAAUUAAAGUACUUCUCUCACACACCCAUGGACACAUUGACAUCACAGUGGUGUUUUCCAAUCACAUGCCUCAGUUGUAGUUGAAAUGUUAAUAAAAAGAUAUAGAAU